AUGACCAUUGAAGAGAUAGAGAAAGAAUUAUAUCACUUUAAAUCAUAUCAUGAAAUUACAAAUAAUAGCAUUAAAAUGAUUUGUCCUAAUGAAAUAAGUUAUAGAAAUUAUGCAAUUAAAUAUUAUUGUAAGAAUCAAUUUGAAUAUAAAGCUGAACUUGGUAAAAUCUGUCAAUUAAAUGAAGAGAAAUAUUACAAUAAAUUAAUGGAAUAUAGUCUUCAAAAGAUGAUGCCUUAUCCAUAUCAUUUAAUUGGUAUUGGAUUCUUUAAUUCAAUAAACCAUUCUGAUAAACUUAAUCCACCAAAAUACUAUGCUCAAUUAAUUAAAAAAUUGUUAAAUGAAGGACUUCCAUUUGAUAGAUUGCCAGCAUUUACUGCUCGUGAUGUUUUUAGAUUUCUUGGAGUUUCAAGGAAUCAAUUUACUGAAAUAGCAAAUAGAUUUAAAUCAGAAAAAAGAAAAUUAUUAUCAAGAAAGUUUCCACUUAAUUUUGAAGUAAAACAACCAAAUUGUCAACCAUGGUGGAUAAUAAGAACAUACUCAAAUAAUAAUGAAGGAAAAUUAACUUUUAAUGAAAAAUUUGUAAAAGAUUGUUUAGACAAAGAAAUAUAUUUAUCAAAUGUAUUUAUUAUUAUUCGAAUUGAAGAAAAAGAUUCAUUUAUACCAAUUAUUCAUGACAACAUUAUUAUUACAAGAACAACAAAGAUGGAAUAUAUUUAUUAUCGUAUUUUAUUAAUUAUAGAUGAUAGACUUACUGUUAAAGAUCUUAUAUCAAUUCUUAUUGAUCCAAAUGAUCGUUUAAUGUUACAAAAGAAAGGAGAAAUAAUGAAAGCAAUAUCUUAUUUGGUUCGUCUUAAUAGAUUAAAUAAAGUUGAAAUUAGAGAUAUUCAAUAUAAUGGAAUAACACCACCAACACCUCGACUAAAUCAACAAAUAAAGAAAAGAGUUUGUUUUAUUGUAGAUGAAGCAGUAGUUUCUACUUUAAUGACUGGAAUUACUAAAACAGAUGAUAUCAAAAGAAUUGUAGUUCAUCUUUUUGAAACAGGAAGACUUACUAAUGAUCAAGUAUAUGCACUUAUAUGUCUUAUUGAACUUCUCAAAACACAACCAUGUGCAAAAGAUUCAAGAGCACACUAUAAAAAGUUUUUUAAUGUUGCUAAUUCAUUAGUAAAUGUAAUAAAAUCAUUACAACAAUUAAUCUGUAAUGAAGAAAUAUUUGGAUUAUGUGAUGGAAUUGAAAUAGUAAAAAUGGAAUGUUUAAAAUAUUUAACUGAAAAAGAAAGUUAUAGAAAGAAAUACACAAGUGCAUUAAUUGGUUCUAAUAGUAAAAUUAUAUCAUGUCAACAUUCUCCAUUUUCACCUCAAUUAAUACCACAUUCUGUACUGAUCAUUUCUUCAAUCUCUUCCAAACAAUUUAAUCAAUUUAAUUUCAUUCUUUCAACUACUUUUACACAUCGUCAAGACAUUGUUUCUAAUUCAAGUGCAUUACUUUUUAUAAAUGAAACAUUAAAAUCAGAACCAAUUAUUAUUCGUGGUUUACAAUUUAAUAAAUCUCAUUAUGAAAUGGAUUGUUAUGAUGAAAACCAACAAUGUGUCAACACAUUACCAUCACUUUUAAUUGAAAAGAGUAAAGAAGAAAUGUGGAAUGCUUCAUCUGAUAUUAUUCAAGUAUUCUUUCAAUUUCUUUCUAAAUAUGGAUUUGAUUAUAAUUCAUUGAACAACCAAUGUAUUUUGAAAGAAGACAUGUUGUUGUAUCCUUCUCAACCUAUUCUUUUUGAAAAACAAUUAAUUAAAUAA